AUGGCUUCGGCUGGCCAUGAUUCGAGAUAUCUCAUAACAAGAACCAAAGCGGAAAGCGACCGACUGGAUAUGCAACAUCAGGCCUGCCAUGAGAAUAUGGGAUUUCUGCUACACCCUGACAUUCCCCAGCGUGAUAAUAUGCGUAUCGCCGAUGUCGGAACAGGAACAGGCAUAUGGUUACGGGACCUUUCAAAGCUACUGCCGAAAACUUGUAGGCUUGACGGAUUCGAUAUCUCGCUUGCCCAAGUUCCGGAUAGAGACGUAUUCCCAUCAGAUAUUAACUACUAUGUCCAGGAUAUCUUGGAACCCUUUCCAGAUAAUUUUCUGGGACAGUAUGAUGUUGUCCAUGUCAAACUGCUGGUCAUGGGUCUGAAAGUUAAUGAGUGGGAAUUGGCGAUCCGGAACCUUAAAAAGCUUCUUCGACCGGGAGGCUUUUUGCAAUGGACUGAUAUUGCCAUACAUAAAGGCACCAUCAUACCUGGCAAGCCCGGCUGUAACGUGGAAGAUGCGGAUAAAUUCUUUAAGCACAUAACCAAGACUGCGAGUAUUCACGGUGAAUCGGGACAAAGCGUGACUGAGCUCUACUCCAAUUUCAAAAAAUGUGGUCUCAGAGAAUGCAAGGAAAAUAUCAUUCCCUUGGAUAAACCUGAAUGGAGAGACAUCAUGAACAUUUCUACCGUUAAGGUUGCUGAGCAUGUACUCCAUGCUUCCCUUGAAGCUGACAAAGACGGGCGUGCCCUUUCUCUAGAUCAAAUUGCAUUUCAGAAAGAAGCUGCGGUAAAGAAUCUCGAGGAGACAAAGUCUUGGAUGUUGUAUGAAUUGGUCCCUCGCUACAAUGGUCCCCAUGGUGCUAAGCUGCCCACCGAUGAUCCAUGCGCAACUUCAGCCGCGGUCGACCCGCUCCUCAUGGCUGGUAGAGAUCACCAUGACCACAACCCGCGCCAUCUGCAUAGUUAUGGCGUGUUCCAUCUAUCAUCAAAUCCCAGAGAUGAUACUGCUAUGGCUAUGAACGAAGUGAUAACUAUGUUGGACGAUGGAUUGUGCGGCUCGACUUCGGUGAAAAUUGUCCGUCAUAUAACGGGAUUUUGUCCCACUGCAACACGGCCCAAAUAG